AAAUACCACAUACGCAAAUAUGUGAUGUACACAAUGGAAGGGCAUGGAAGGUGGGCGUAAAGUGACCCAGGAAGUACUGCCAUCCAUACCAGGUUUAUAAAUACUGGGGCAUGAUUCCGUGAGUGGUAGUGGAACCCAGGACACUCACUCGACAGAAGCAAGAUGGAGUUUUCACCAGCUGUUUUCUUUGUGAUGGCAAUGCUGUCAGUUGUCAUGGAAACUGAGGGUUGCAUGUGCCAAUUCCAGCCUCUGAGGAGCUACUUCUGUCAAGCUGAUUUUGCUGUGAAGGCAAUUCCAUCAAACUGGACCACUGAUAAUGAAGGACAUUUUGCCAGGUCGACCUUCACUCUUCAAAUCGUUCACACAUACAAGAUUCCAGUUUUCCUGGCCAAUGAGACAGAGAUCACAGUCAGCUCCUGGGAAAGUGAUGGAGUCUGUGGCAUAAACCCUGGCAGACCAUCACCAUAUGAACAAGAGCAUCCACGGGCACAAAGGCCAAUCUUUAUCACAGGCAAAGUCAUGGAAGAUGGUUCAUUAUGGACAGAGUUGUGUGAUCAUAUCGCUCUGUCAUGGAGAUGGCUGUCAAAGCCGGAAAGACGCACGAUCCGGAACUUUCCCAACCUGACAUGUUGAUAAGUCAAUCGGAUACAAGACACGGAGUGCACGGCUAAUCAGUGCUGGCUGCCCUGUAUGACCUCAAAUGAUGUCAUGAAUGGCGUCAUGGCUUAAAUGCCAGUGUUAAAGACAAAAACCUGGACUUGUCAACAGGGUGAAUGUGCUACCUGCUUGCUAUUCGUGAAGACAUUGUGCCAACCAAUGCACACUUGAAGACUUGGUGAAAAUGUUGAUAUGUUGGCCAAAUGGUAUGAUCACUUUACAGGCUGUGUAUGGAUGAUGUGUGUUUAUAAUAAAAGAAUUGCUUUUAUCUCA